AUGGCUACCCGUCGGCUUUCGUCCAUCGUCCAUGGCGGCAAACAGAACGAAGCAUUCGACUCAUCCCUCGGCAAUGAAGCGACACUCAACAAAAUGGGUUACGAGCAGGAGCUCAAACGUUCCUUCUCCCUCCUGGGCAUGGUUGGCUUCAGUUUCUCCAUCGUCACCUGCUGGACAGCAUUAGGCGGCACCCUCAUCCUGGGUAUCGAGUCCGGUGGUCCUCCUGUCAUGGUCUGGUCCUGGCUCGCCAUAUCCGCCUUGUCCCUCUGCGUUGGCUACUCCUUUGCCGAAAUGUGCUCGGCCUAUCCAACAGCUGGUGGUCAGUACUCUUGGGUCGCCAUCCUCGCACCACCCAAGUACGCUCGCGGCGCCGCCUGGGUGACCGGCUGGUUCAUGUGCACUGGUAUCGUAGCCAUGGGCGCGGUCAACAACUUUAUCGGAUCCAACUUCCUCCUCGGCAUGGCGAACCUCAAUUACCCAGACUACGAGAUCCAGCGCUGGCACUGCGUCCUGGUGACAUACCUGAUGGCCAUCAUCGCCGCAGGCGUCAACAUUUUCCUGUCGCGCCACUUGAACACCAUCUCCACCUUCGCCGUGAUCUGGAACGUCGUCAGCUUCUUCGUGGUUAUCAUCACCAUGCUCGCCUGCAACGACCACAAACAGUCCGCCAGCUUCGUGUUCAAGGAUUUCCAGAACGACACCGGUUUCGCGUCGGGCGGUAUGGCCGUCAUGCUGGGUUUGUUGAACACACUCUUCGGCAUGUGCUGCUACGACGCACCCGCACACAUGACAGAAGAGAUGAUCAACCCUGCCAAAGAAGCGCCCCAAGCCAUCGUCUUGUCCGUCUGGCUCGGCGCCAUCACCGGUUUCAUCUUCUUGAUCUCCGCCUUCUUCUGCGUCGGCGACCUCGAAGCCACGGCCGACACAUCUACUGGUGUGCCGCUCAUUCAGAUCUUCUACGACAGCACAGGCAGCACCAGGGGCGCCACCGCUUUGGCAGCUUUGAUCACCGUCAUCGUCCUUAUCUGCGCCAACAGCUUGAUGGCCGAGGGCAGUCGCGCUUUGUGGGCUUUCUCGCGCGACCACGGUUUGCCCUUCAGCGGCUUCUUCGCCAAAGUCAACAAGAAGUCCCAGGUGCCUGUCAACAGCGUCAUUCUCUGCCUGUUGAUCCAAAUGGGUUUGAACAGCCUUUACUUCGCCAGCUACGAGGGUUUCUCCACCGUCAUCUCCAUCGCCACGCUCGGUUUCUACAUCUCAUAUGCCAUGCCCCUGCUCGUCCGGCUGUGGAGUUACUUCACCGGCCACGAACACGCCAAGGUCAUCCCCGGCGCAUACUCCCUGGGCAAAUGGAGUUUGAUCUUGAAUGGUGUCGGUCUCGUGUUCUUGCUCUUUGCCGGUAUCGACUUCAACUUCCCCUCCGAAGGUCCAGUCACCGCCGACAACAUGAACUACUGCAGCGCUGCUGUUGGCAUCAUCGGUCUUGUCAGUCUCGUCACCUGGAUCUUUGAUGGAAGGAAGAACUUCACCGGAAGUGACCAGGCUAGUGGCCAGAUCAAGAUCGGCCAACAAGUUUGA